AUGACCACGCUCCGCACAUUGCUCGCGACGCCGCUCGUCCUCGUCGCCCUGCUCGCCGCCACGCCCUCCCGCGCCGUCCGCCUCUCCCCCGGCGCGCCUGCGUCGGCCGCUGCGCGGCCACGCUUCCUCUUCCUCUACCGCGACACACUGCCCGGCCACUGGCGGAGCGAGGUGCGCUCUGUCGCAGACAUGCUCGGCUUUGGCGGCGAUGAGCUCGCCUUCGAGCCCAGCCGGCGGGACUCGUUCGAGUACGUCGCGCUGCCCGACGCGGCCGCGGCCGCCGCCGUCGCCCGCCGCUGCGUCCUCGUCCGCGGCUGCUUUGACGUAUGGGCGGAGUCGGAGCCCGCAGAUCACGAGGACGGCGGUGGCGGCGAGGGCAGCGGCCAGCGGGCGUGGGAGCGGCUUGCCGAGGCCGUCUGUGCGGCGGGCGCCGAAACGCACCGGCGGUGGGUUGCCCUGAUGGAGCUCCUCGACGAGCUGCUCGCGCCGCUGCCCGGGCCCAUCUCUCUCCGCUCGCCGGAGCAGGUGGUCGCCAUGCUCGAGGACUACGACGACCCGACGGGAAGAGGCGAGCGAGGCGAGCCGGCCGCCCUCGCUCCUCCGCGCCGCCUGUACCUCGGGCGGCGCCUCUCGGCGGGCGCCUCGCGGCUGCUGCACGACUUCCGCCUCUCCGCCCGCGGCUACCUCGGCAGGACCACGCUGCCGCCCGAGCUUGCCUUUCUGAUGGCCAACGAGGCGCGCGCACGCCCCGGCUGCGCGCUCCUCGACCCGUUCUGCGGGACGUGCUCCACUCUCCUCUCGGCCGCGCGCUUCGGCGCGACGACCUUCGGCGUCGAGGUCGACGCGAGGGUGCUGCAGCGCGAGCCGAUCCGAGCCAACUUUGCCGCCGCCGGCCUGCCGCCGCCCGCCAGACUCCUCCUCGCCGACGCCGCCGAGCUGCUGCCCCGCGGCGGCGCCGCCGCCGACGGCAAAGGCGACGAUGGCGACGCUGACGGCGAUCACGUGGCGGAGUUGCCGGCCGGGCUGGGCCUGCGCGACUUCGACGCGAUCGUCACCGACCCGCCGUACGGCAUCAUGGAGGGGGCGGGCGAGCUGUACCAGCCGCUGCCCGCGCGGUGCGCGAUGCUGCUGCGGCUCGCCGCGGCGCGGUUGCGAGUCGGCGGCCGCCUCGUCUUUCUGCUGCCCGUCCCCGCCGAGUGCGCUGCGCCCGCGCUGCCGCCGUCCGACUGCCUCGUCCUCGAGUCCGCUUCGAGGCACGCCGUCUCGGCGAGGAUGCACCGGUACUUGCUCACCCUCCGCAAGGCGCGCGAGGCCUCCGCCGCCGACGUCGGAGAGGCGCGCGUCCUCGAGGCGGCGGCAGGCGAGGGCGGCGGCGCGGGUGGCGGCACGGCGGCGGACGCGUUGCCGAAACCGUGGGAGGUGUCGACGCUGAGCACGUAG